GUGUAGCUCUGAUGAUGUCUGCCAUGUUGGACUGUGUCUAAACUCUGGAUCUGAUGGAGAACAAGUGAAGGGGAGGAGCCUGGCGGUCCAGACUGUGCUGCCAUUGGCAAGUUGAUGAACUUCUCUGUGAUUGGCUGUGUGAUGAAUAAAAGAAAAAUCUAGCAAAAUCACAGUAUUUCGGCAUCAGACACGACUGGAACUGAAGAGCUCUCAGAUCUUUUCAUAAUGUCCGACUGGACCGAGUGUCUGAACUUCGGUAUCUCCGUCGCCAAACAGGCUGCUGAGAUGAUUAUGUCGUCUCUCCAUCAUCCAAAAGAUGUGAAGUUGAAAAGUUCUGCAGCUGAUCUUGUCACAGAAACUGAUCAAAGAGUGGAGAAAUUUCUGAUAAUGACCAUCAGGAGGAGAUUCCCACAGCACAGGUUCAUAGGGGAGGAGUCUAUUGGUGCAGGUGAGCAUCUGGAGCUGACUGACAGUCCAACCUGGAUCAUUGACCCCAUUGACGGGACCGUCAACUUCGUCCACAGGUUUCCUUUCGUGGCUGUCUCAAUUGCCUUCACUGUCAAUAAAAGGACUGAGUUUGGGAUUGUUUACAGUUGUGUGGACAACAAACUCUUUUGUGCUCAGAGAGGACAAGGAGCGUUUCUAAAUGGAGUUCCUCUUCACGCCUCAGGACAGGAAGGUGACAUCCUACAUGACUAUAGCGUUGUGGACUCAUGUGGACUCAGGUCCAAUGGAACGGUUAACGUGUCACUGUGUGUUGUCCAAUCAGACGUCAGCAGGUGCGUGGUGGUGACGGAGAUUGGUGCAGAGCGUGAUGACGAGGCGCUGACCACCGUGACAACCAACAUCUGCCGACUGCUGAAACUACCUGUGCAUGGCGUGCGGGCGUUGGGGACAGCAGCUGUCGACAUGUGUCAGGUGGCCUCAGGUGCGGCUGACGUCUACUACCACAUUGGGAUGCACUGUUGGGACAUUGCCGCGUCUGCACUCAUCGUACAAGAAGCAGGAGGCAUUGUCAUGGAUACAGACGGUGCAGAGUUUGACAUGAUGUCUCGCAGAGUCCUCGCCGCCAGCUCUUCGGCCGUGGCCAGUCGCAUUGCUCAGGUGAUCCGGACCUUCCCCUGUCGCCGUGAUGAUGAGGAUCCCUGUGUAUCUGUUGUGCAGAAUGGACUGUAGGUCAUGUGACAGGAAGUAAACAUGAGUUGUGGUGUCACUAAACAAACACUAAUAAAAGCUGACGUCACCUGAU